GGGACCGUGCUUUGCUUUGGCUUGGCUUGUUAAAUCACGCGCCAUCUUCAUUUUGCUCUUCCUCUUUCUUUCUUUUCUCCUCGUCACUCCGAGCGAGAAAAUCAUCAUCUUCUUCUUCUCCUAGCUCGCUAGGGUUCCUUUGAUUUGAAUAUUUUUCUUCAGAUUCAUACAAUGGGUGCCAAUUCAAUGAUAGCCGAUGUCACUCACGAUCUCAACGAGCAGAUCUCUCAGCUCAUGCAGUGCAAACCACUCUCCGAACAACAGGUUAAAGAAUUAUGUGAGAAGGCUAAGGAGAUUUUAAUGGAUGAAAGUAAUGUCCAGCCUGUGAAAAGUCCUGUGACAAUCUGUGGCGAUAUUCAUGGGCAGUUUCACGAUCUUGCUGAAUUAUUUCGAAUUGGAGGGAAGUGUCCAGAUACAAACUACUUGUUUAUGGGUGAUUAUGUGGACCGGGGUUAUUAUUCAGUUGAGACUGUAACACUCCUCGUGGCACUGAAAGUGCGAUAUCCUCAGCGAAUUACUAUUCUUAGAGGAAACCAUGAAAGCCGUCAGAUUACUCAAGUAUAUGGAUUUUACGACGAAUGCCUAAGAAAAUAUGGGAGUGCUAAUGUCUGGAAGAUCUUUACAGACCUCUUUGAUUUUUUUCCAUUGACUGCAUUGGUUGAAUCAGAAAUAUUUUGUUUGCAUGGUGGACUGUCACCUUCAAUUGAGACCCUCGAUAACAUAAGGAACUUUGAUCGUGUUCAAGAGGUUCCUCAUGAAGGGCCUAUGUGUGAUCUACUGUGGUCUGACCCAGAUGACAGAUGUGGUUGGGGGAUUUCUCCUCGUGGUGCUGGAUAUACCUUUGGUCAGGAUAUAUCUGAACAAUUCAAUCACACAAACAGCCUUAAAUUGAUUGCUAGAGCUCACCAGCUUGUUAUGGAUGGAUUUAACUGGGCUCAUGAACAAAAGGUGGUUACUAUUUUUAGUGCUCCUAACUACUGUUACCGAUGUGGGAACAUGGCUUCCAUAUUGGAGGUUGAUGAUUGCAAGGGCCACACAUUUAUCCAGUUUGAACCUGCUCCAAGGAGAGGAGAACCUGAUGUCACCCGAAGAACGCCUGAUUACUUCCUGUAAAGCAGCUGCUGCUGGAUGUCAUACUGGUAUAUCGUGGUUACUCUACUUCCAGUCUAAUUUCAGGUAGUUGUGGAUCCUCGUUGGUGAGAUUGCUGUAGGCAUUUAUAUCAAUUGAUAUUGUGGUUGUCCAAAGGCCGCAUUGAUGUAUAAUAGGCAGACAAUAUUCCACCGAUCUGUUGCACUCAAGAAAUUGCUGGACACCCUUUCUGGAGAAGUUGUCAAGAAUAUGACUACAAGGAAGUACUAUUCCAGCAAAAUGUGGAUAUUUUUUGUAUGUUUUUUUCAAAUCAUGUUUCAUAUCUCUCCCUUUCAAGGCUUUAGGUACUAUGACCGGAUUUUUUUAACUCGUGGAUAUUGAUAUGUUAUCUCAAUUUUUUAGUAAAAGUUGCAUGAAGUGUGUUUAAUUUAA